CCUCCUCUGAGCUGGGUGUUUUCCUGGUAGCUCAGGGCAAACUCUGCUACCGCCUCCAUCUCAGGGUCCCCACUCUGACUCUGGCUUCCCCUCCGUCCGCUGGGCCAAUGACAGAUCAGGCCAGCGCGAUCCCCACCAGCACGGUGGAGGCGGACGGGAUGGAGGUGGCCUCCGGGGACCCCGGUCCGGCCCAGAUCAACAUCCACAUCCACCAGGAGUCGGCCCUGUCCCAGCUGGUCAAGGCUGGAUGCUCCCUGUUUCAGGGGGGCUCCAAGACCCCCCGCCAAGCCGCUGCCUCCAGAGAGAGGAUUGGACGGGUCCAACUGGCCCUAGGGGUGACUCAGGUGGUGCUGGGAACUGUGAGUGGGGCAUUGGGAGUGCUACUCUACUUGGGGCCUUGGAUCAUGCUGAGCAGCACAGGUUGCGCUUUCUGGCCGGGGGCUGUGGCCAUCGCAGCUGGGGCAGGAGCCAUCGUCCAUGAGAAGCGCCACAGUCGCUGCUGGGGUGGUCUCUCUGUCCUGAUGGCCCUGCUCAGCGCCUCCGCGGCCCUGGCUGCCCUCAUCCUCUGCAUUGGUAGUUUUGUGUGGCAACCUGAUGGCUUCUACUACAUGGACUCAGUGUGCGAUAGCCCCAUCCCCACAAGCUGGACCCCCAGGUAUUGGCGGCAAUGGCAGUACGAGAACAAUUGGAGACAGGAAGAGUGCAGGAGGAACAUGAACUUGCUGGUGAAACUGUUUGGGGGCGUCCGGGGCAUGAUGUUGGCGGUCUUUGCCCUGAUGCUCGCUGGUUCUCUGGCCUCCCUGGGCCUGGGCCUCAGGUGCCUGUGCUGCCCGGCUGGCAAUUUGGAGGAAAGAGAAAGGACCGAGAAGCUUCUGGUGGAGAACUCACCCCCUCCAUCUCCCCAUAAGGAGUAGGCUGCGGGGACCUUCCUCCUGUGACCGCUGGACCCUCAGCCUGGAGCCCUUUGGGGUCUCUUCCACAGCCGGGACCCUCCUGCCCUCGUGGACCUGGGGCCUGAGGGAGCAAGGGGUCCCCAGGAGUGAGGGAUCAUAUCCCAGCUAUCCGGAAGUUCACCCCGAGCAGCCCGCUCCGUCCCACGCCUCACCCACGCACCGGCUGCCUGUCCCUCCCAUCCCCCAAACCGUGCACAUCUCCACUCCCGGCUCUUUCCCUGCCCCCUCAUUCCUUCCACCAGCAGAUAAUAAAUCUUCUUUCUGCAACGUCUGA